AUGGUAGAUCGAAUUGCUUCGUGGCCAAAAGACGACGACGCAUUCCAGUCACAUCUACAAGAGCAGCGACAUGCCAUCCUUUCGAUCCUGUCCAAUGCAUUGCCACCUGCAGCCGAUACCGAGCCCUAUAUGGGACAAGAGUGUGUGGGACUAGGUGAUGCCUGGCGUGCACUGUAUGCGCUCGUACGCAGCAGUGUUCAUGAGCACGAAGGUAAUAGCUGCAUCGUUGUUGGCGAGAGUGGCUGCGGCAAGAGUCUGCUGGUCGAGUCAGUGUUGCGGCGCAUCAAAGCAGAAUGUCACGACAAAGAGCAAAUGGGGCAGCAUGCAUCGCCAUGGACCGUGUCGUUGUCGGCGCUGGUGCACCCAACGGACCGACAGUGCCUCUCCGACAUGGCCCGCCAACUCAUGGACCAGGGCGCUAUGGGCCUUGAUGAUGUCGACGAUAUACUAGGGCGCGAGCAGCAAGACAUGGACUCGGAUACUGAGAGUGAUGACCGGCCAUUGGCCGAAUGGGCCUCAGCAUCUUUGCCGCCCACGAUGCACAGAGCCCGUUCGCCCACGCAAACUGGGAUGGGCUUAGAGGCCCAUUUGGCUUUAGACCCCGAGUUCGAAUCGGAGCAUUUGGUGGAUGCGGAUGUGGAAGAGGCGGGGAUGGCUGAGGAGGACGACGACGAAGAGGGAGAAGGAGAGGAAGAGCUGGUCGCGAGUGACAAUGUUGUCAGUGUAAGAGAGCAUGCCGCGCAUGCACAACCAAAUGCAUCGGCGUCUGUGCCGGACUCGUUCGCGCAAUCUAUCCUAUCGACGCUUUCGGCCACUUUAUCGCACAUCCUUUCGCUUCUCACUCGCACCAGCUCGACGGGUGAGACAAGCCACAAGCGGCCGCUCGUCAUUGUGCUCGAUCAGUUUGAACAGUUUGCCCAACGACCACGCCAAGCUCUCCUGUACUGCUUACUGGACGCGGUCCAGGCCGCAAGCUAUGCACCUGGCCUCCUUAUCAUUGGCUUGUCGACGCGUGUGGAUGCACCUGACUUUCUUGAAAAGCGUGUCAAGAGUCGCUUCUCACAUCGCUCCGUGCAUGUCCACCCGCCGUCGUUCGAACAGUAUAUCAUUUUGACGCGGACAGCGCUCUUGGCUGGCGCAUCACCAAGCACUCCUUUCGGCAAGACAUGGUGCCACGAAGUUGACGCAUUGCUCCAGGACAGUGCAUUCCGUGCGUGUAUUCAGCACCUGCAUGCCCUCAGUGGCGACGUACGUUUCUUGUAUCAAGCGCUGACGCCACCUGUCGCUGCGCUUAGUGUGGCGAGUCCAUGCCUCGAAGCUGGCGCCUUCGUGCACGCAGCAGAACUGCAACGCCACGACCCUACACUAGCUUUUAUGCUGGAACUGUCGAUGCCUGAGAUGGUCUUGAUGAUCACUGCUCGGCACCUGCAGCUUUCGGAGCAUGAGCCAUUCACUUUUGAAAUGUGCUUCCAUCAUAUUUGCCAGUUUGUCAAGCGAGCGCAGCGCGACUUGGGCACUGCCAUCGAUGCGACGGAGCGCCGCAUUGUUAAUGUGUCGAUGGCGGGUCUGGAUGCCCUCGCAUCUCGUGAGCCAAUGCAGCAGGCGUUCCAACGCUUGCUCGAUGCCGAAUUGUUGCUGCCCGAGCCUGCAAGGGUGACCCUCGCUCUGCCCAGCGGCAUUGCUUCUCGCACAGGCACAGUAACCUCGCCCUACGGCACGCUGCCAGGGCCUACCGUGAUACCCACAUUUCUGCGCGUUCGCUCGCAAGUGUCGGCGAAGGCUAUCCUCGAGAGUGUUUGUAGUCCUGAGCGUGUGGAGCCGCUAAGUUCUCUUAUUGUCAAGUGGGCCGAGUCUACAGGCUUGUAA